AUGUUUUUCCUACCCACCAAAAAUUGCAAGGAAUAUCGCCUUGAAGGGCGUCUCGUCGGACACAAGAACACAAUCAAUUGUUUGGCAGUCUCAAGGAAUGGCAGUCUGUUGGCAAGCGGUGGCUCGGAUGGCACGAGAAUCUGGGACCUCAAACAGCAACUUCAGCUCCCAUCCCCACGUCAAAAUGUAGCCCUUCGAAAUCCAGCCAAUUCCAUGACAUGUGUAUGCUGGAUCACCCGCCAAGAUGCAACACAUGAGACAUUAUGCUAUGGCACAAGAUUAGGAUUCAUCGGUAUUUGGCAACAACAGGGCGAAGGUAAAGAGAUCACGUGUCUUACCUAUGACCACGCUGGGGAUGAUACUCGUAUUGCUACUGGGACAUGGGACAAACAUGUUCAAGUUUGGUCAUUUGACUUCAAAGGACCGUUAAUUCUGAUCUUCAGCAUCAAGCUCUCUACCACGAUCCCGUGCACGAUAAACUUCAAUCACACUGCAAGUCGAGAUUUGUUAGUCUUCGGAAUGUAUGACGGAGAGGUUCAUGCGCUUUGGGGUACAGAUGGAGCUAUUAUCGCUACAAACAAUGCUGGACCCCUAAUCGGGCAUGCUUCUGUGGACAUCACUCAAACACUAUUUCUCAUCGACAAUGUCACUAAUGGAUUUAGCUUGCACCAACUGGACGAUGCAGUAUGCAUCACAACCUAUAAUACUAACCCUGUCAAAACAUUUUUGAAACAAGUAGUGUUUGGUGAAAAGACUGACAUAGUAGUGGGUGGCAGUGACACAGGUGUCGUAUAUGUUUUCGACAAAAAUGAGGGAAACCUCAAACAAGUGUCAAGGCAUGCCAAUAAGACAAGAGUGCAGGUGGUUACUGUGCGGCAUUUUCAUUCCUGGUUAUUUAAGUGCCUGACAGACUGCAAGACCUAUGACGGAACUUACCACAGUAUAAUUGUUGGGGCAAUGUCUCAGGAUGAUACAGAGCUGAUAAUCUCUGUCUGGAGUCGCCAACGGAACAAUCUUGAGACACCACGUCCAUUUGGGAGGGCACUCAAAAACUUUGUGCGAGGAAUUGUACAGUUGGUUAUCACAAUGGUUCUGAUUGCAUAUAAUCUCUGGGAAAUAUCUGGUGAAACUUGGCUUGACCACACGAGCCCACAAAUGAUGACAUCCGUGUCUGGGUGGAGCAGUAUAUUAAACACCGAGGGGACAUGGCAGGAAAUUCAAAUGAAGAUAGGAUACGUACUGGGCAAGGAAAGACCGGAAUAUUGA